AUGGCUUCAGCCCCAACUCAGUGCUACCAAGAAUCCACUAAACUCCUCUUCCUCAUUGCUCUGUGGUGUGGUAAGUUGGGCUUAGAUAUCCCUGUUCAUUGAAAUAUGGAAUAAACAGCGCUAUGCAGUGGCACUUCUCUGGCUGAGCUCCUUUGCCUCUGUUAAUCCGCAGUCUCUCCCCAGGGACAGCUCUCUCACAUUCCCUCCCUGAUUUUCUCAUUUUCUUCUCCUCAGCUUUACUGAGUGGUGGAGCCACAGUGAAGGUGACCCAGGAACCACCCUUUGCCAGCUCCUCCCAAGGGGGGAGACAGGAAUUCAAAUGCUCACUUUCUGGCAGCAGCAGCAACUACCAUUUCUUCUGGUAUCACCAGCUGCCCGGGAAGAAGGAGCUACAGCCCAUUGGGACCUUGUAUUAUCAUGGUGAUCAGCUGCAGGAGAUCUCUGAUCACAACCCAAAGGACUGGCUGAAUGGGAAAUGGCUGGAGAAGGGGAAGAACAUGAGUCUUGUUCUUCAAGGUCUUCAGCCUAGUGACACAGGGCUGUAUCUGUGUGCUGUAAGGGACACGGUGAGACAGACAGGAACUGCUGCUGCUGCAAAACUGAGCGCCAGCGUCAAACAGCCCCAGCUCCUCCCUUGUGCUGCUGGCACAUGCCCAAUAUCAUGUACAUACAGUAUCACUUCCCACAACUAG